AUGGCUUCAACGCUAAAAUCACUGAAUAUUCAAGUGGCCUGCAUCCAAGAAACCCGAUUCCAAGGAUCCCCCUCCAUCAACAUCAACGAUGUUGCAGACACUCCCUCCUAUAAAUUUUAUUGCUCCGGAUACGAUGACAAGCAGGGGCUCCUUGGUGUUGGUAUAGCCGUUGAAACAAAACUAGCCAACCACAUUAUGGAGUGGAGACCAAUGGGACCACGCCUAUGCUACAUCCGCAUCCAUGCCAAACCAGCCCCCCUCUCAAUUAUCUGUAGUUAUGCCCCAACUGAAGACAAAGCAAACGAAAUCAAAGAUGAGUUCUAUGAUGACCUCUCCAAGCUGACGGGCUUGGUCCAAAAAAAGGAUCUGAUGAUCGUUGCAGGCGACUUCAACGCAAAAAUUGGAAGUAGAUGCAACUCCGAAGCAGCCAACAUUAGAAAAUUCACCAUUGGCGAUCGCAACAGCAAUGGUGAUCGACUCAUCAGCUACGCAAUGAACAACAACCUCGUCUUAUCGAACACCACAUUUCAAAAAUCGGUGCACAAACUCCCAACAUGGAUAUCCAACGAUGGAAGAACGCAAAACCAGAUUGACUUCAUCCUGAUAUCCAGACGAUGGAGAUCUGGCAUAGAUGAUGUCCGAACGGUGGGCCAAAAAAACUGCCUAAUUCAGUCUGACCACAAGAUGCUCAAAGCCAAGCUGAAGGUCAAAUUGAAGGUAUACACAAAAGCCCCCAAAUCUUUCCGACAUGAUGUCAACACACUUAGAAACCCAAAAGUCUCCGACGCCUUUCGCAAGGAUCUAAACCGCACAUUGGGUAGCCUGCAAAACGAAAGCGACGUCAAUGGCUACUGGACGGGCAUCAAACACGCGCUGACAAAAUCAACGGAAAAUAACAUUCCCAAAAAGAAGUCAAUCCGGAACCCUUGGAUCUCGCCAACGACCCUACAACUGGUGGAAAAACGAACCAGGGCCAGGACAGCAAAAUCCAAAAAAAAACAUUUCCAGGGACAUCAAACGGUCGGUCAGGGUAGAUAA